AUGACAACAUUACAAGAAGUGUCUGCUCAAUUGAUGAAGCCGGCGAAAGACUUAGCGGACUGGCAAUUUCCUUUGUCAAAGGUACUCGAGAGUUAUUACACAUUACUUGAUCAGCAACAAGAUUUAAAUUUCGGUGAAGCCGCAUUAGUUUUACAAAACUCAGCGAAUGUUUACGUAAGACGAGUUGAAGCCUUGUAUCAGGAAACAACAGCGUUACAGCAGUCUUUUUUAGACCAUGAACACGAAGUUGAAUCGGAAAAAGCCACAGCAAAAUCUAUCCGGCGAUCCCGAAAAACGCAGGUUGACUUUAAAAACUUUGACUUGUUAAAUCUAUCAUCCGAAACUUUAAAAAACUCAACCCAAAAAUCGAUGCCGUCAAAAUCCCAAAAGAUAAAAUUAAUAAACCAGCGUUAUCCCCAAUUAGAAGAUAUCACCCGUAAAGCAUUCACGGACGAAAUAAUCGACAUAAAUGGGGAAGCGAUCGGUAAAAAAUAUGAUUUUCGUUGCAAUCAACAACUGUCAACAUCACGGAUGCUAAUUGACGCAAUAACGCCACUAGAUUUCACAAACAGCAUCCGUCAAUUUGAUAUAAAUUUAUCUGAUGAUCACAGUUCUGAAAAUCCUGAAGCUAGAGAUUUGAUCACUGAAAAUACUGGAAUAGAUGCUAAUCCUGAUAAUGUAGAAACGGAUUUUAAUUUUGAAAACUUUGAUUUAUGUUCUGACUAUGAAACGCAUGCUAAUGGAAUGUUGAGUCCAACGAUUGAAUCGGCUUAUGGAUCAACGACAUCCAAUUCAAAUCCAAACACACCUAGUUCGCGGAUUAAUUCGGAUUUUUCAGUACCAAUCAGCGAUUCAAGUCGUCGUGAUUCCACUGAUGAACGAUUGUUAUCAUCAGAUACAGAUGCACCCACAGAAUGUGAUACAAGUAAUGAACUUAUCGAUGAAUCUGAUAAUGGGGCACAUGAUUCUUUGCCUUUGUCUUUUGAUUCUGGUCAUGAAAGUCAAGAAUCAGUCGGAAAAAGUCUAGGAUUAGAAUCUGAGUCUAAUGUAAAUACUUCUUCAGUAACGGUAGAACCUGAAAGCAAUCAAUCUCAAGUACAAAAUCUUUGUGAUAGUAACCAAAACCCUGAAAAAAUUCCUAGAACCCGUGACUCUAUUGAAACAGAUGCUGGUUAUACAUCUGGUGAUCCUGAUGAUUGUCAACAGUUAUUUUUACCAAUUAAAAGGUUACGCAGUUCAACUGAUUCCGUAACAGAUAUCCUAGAAACUAAUGAUAAUAAUAUUAAUAUUAAUAAUACUAGCAUACUCGAUCCGAUACCAUUCGAAUCUGGUGUUCCAGACAAAUUACCACGUUUGAGACGUGAGUUCAAAUUACCUUGUCAUGCUGCUUUACUAAAAGGAUCCAAAAAACCAAGGAAGCGUAAACUGACGAUUAAUGAAAGAAAAAAGAACCAAUUAAAGUCGUUCUUGAACAGCGACAAUGAAAGUUUGAAUAGUAAGAGACUAAAAAAAUUGGUCGCUGAGAAUGAAGAAGAAAUAAAGCUUUUGGUUAGUCAGCAGAAAGAACUAGUGGAAGAAACUGAACGUGUUAAUUAUUGUCCUGUGAUGGUUAAUGGUGAAUUAAUAGGUUAUGAGCCUAGGUUGCUGGAUGAAGAUUCUAACUGUGAUGUUGGUAUGGGAAUAGAAAACGAUGGAGAAUUUAAUGCUGAUACUAUAAUUGAUUGCAGGAACAAAUUGUUUACUAGUUACUCAGAUGGUUUCUACUCAUCUCCUCGGUCACUUGAUGACUUUUCCGAUCUUGAAAAUACGGCUGAUUUUUCGGUAAUGGGAAGAAUACAGGAAGAUGAUUCCGAGACUGUUGGCCAGGGUUUAGUUGAGAGAAUUGAACGAAAAAUGAAAGAGUUGAGGAAGGAAUUUGAUGGAAAAAAUGAACAUGAAGAGUCUGCAAAGUGGUUGGAGACGAUAGAAGCAUUGAAAGUUGCUGCUAGUAGACCAAGUUUUCACGUCGAUGAGUAUGAAAAGAGGAUCUUGGAGAGCUUGAAAAUGAAGGAGACGCAUCAGGUGGAAUUUCAUGAAAUUGCUGAAAAUGAGGAAGAACCAGGAAAUAUUGCGCGAUUAUUUGUUGCUUCUUUACAUUUGGCAAAUACUUACAAUGUAGAAAUCAACGUCAACAACAUUAAUAGUGAAGUUAAUUUAACGUUACUCGAUAGCAAUAUCUCGGAAACGAGUUGA